UUGGACCACAUAUUGGGAUUUCAUACUUGUGAACAUUUCUGGAGUGUAGAGAAAGCGAUGCACGUCAUUAAAUAAAGCUCUACUUAAUUAAGGCUAUACUUAAUGUCGUGAUUUGUUAUAUACAUAAAGAUACAGGCGAUCUAAAAGAGGAGGAUGUAUACAGCCGGGCUGAAUCCCCUUUACGCGUCAAAUUUUAGUCUCUGGUCCGCCUAUUGUUCGGGUGGGUUUGCAAUGGACACAGUAAAGAAGCCGUCGUUUUGCAUUGCUGACAUACUACAUUUUGGAGACAAUGAAAACGUCGCUGGGUCUUCAGCGCUGGUCACACAUAUGGGAGCAAGGGCUCAAGUUCAUUCCACGGCGUCUCCGCUUCGUCCAUCUCCGUUAGCGCCGGACGCAGCCGUGUUCGGUGGAAGAGUGAGUGCAGCGUCUGCCUACCACAGACAUGGAAUACACUUGACCUCUGUGGCCAGAACAACAUUCUUUUCUCAAUCAGUACCUCCACUUUCUAGCAAAGAUCUCAAGUUCGGCAUCGAUCGGAUAUUGUCUGCAGAAUUCGAACCAAAAUCAAAAGAAUCGUCAUCAUUACGAGAUCACACGUCUGUUGUUAGCUCGAAUCGCCAGUCAGUGUCCGUGCAGCCGAACGCAAGUCAGUACUUCGUCUCCAUAGACCCGGGGAUGAGCGACGCAUCCUCCAUUAUAAGUUCCUCCAGACAAUCAGGGCAUCAGUAUCAGGACACUUUCCCAGGGCCCUAUGCAGUUCUCACCAAAGACACAAUGCCACAGACAUACAAAAGAAAAAGGUCCUGGUCCAGAGCCGUGUUCUCCAACCUACAAAGGAAGGGUCUUGAAAAACGCUUUGAAAUUCAGAAAUACGUCACUAAACCAGACAGAAAACAACUUGCUGCGAUGCUGGGCCUUACGGACGCUCAGGUCAAAGUGUGGUUUCAGAACCGUCGAAUGAAAUGGAGACAUUCCAAGGAGGCCCAAGCGCAAAAGGACAAAGAGAAGGAACAGUCAGAUAAAGCCGAGACCGAGUCCGAGCCGAAAGCGCGUGACGAGUCAGAAUGCGAUACCGAGCAAAGCGAUUCCGACUUCGAAGAUGAAGCAGAACAGAAAAGAGAUACGAAUAUUUCAGAACCCAGUAAACAUAGCGUUAUCAUCACCGGGCCUGUAGGCACAGACAUCAUACCUGCAACAAAUACCGUGACAGAGACGACAGCAUCCUCACAAACACCGUUUUGAACUUUGAUGGAAAAAUCACAGAUCGUGAAUCAAAUAACCACUAAGAUCCACUCAAACCCAAUAAGCGUUUUAAACGCGGUUCAGCCAGUAAGUUGGUCCUGGUCAGUCGUACCUGGGACACUUGAAAAGUAAAUCUAUCCGGUGAUGUCACUGACUUGUUCCUGUAUAAGGGGAAAUUUCAAUCUUGUGAAUAUUUUUCAUCUUGUGAAUUUGAUCAUUGUGAAUAUUCAUCUGAACCACUUUUUGUUCGCCUUAUGACCUCUGGGAAUUUACUCAAUGUAAAUGUUAUCUUAAAAGUUCAUGAACCUGACUGUAUUAUAUUUUCUUAGUAGGUAUUUGCACUGAAGAUGUAAAUAAAAGUUUAGUUUUUUUCUUACUUGA